AUGCAGUUCCGUGCCGCCUCCCUUCUUUCGGGCCUCUGCCUCGCUCAGUUGCUUCUUGCGCGACACCACCCUCACUCUACUCACCACGCCGAUAAAUCGCCUGAGCAGGCCAUCGACAAACACAUCGCUAAUGGGAGCGAUCCCUGCGAGCCGCUAAUAAUCGGACAUGGUCCUCGACCGGAUAUUGAUACUCCUGCAGAGUUUCAGAACUUCACCACGCUCUUCGCCAAUGCGCGUAUCGCGAGCACGCCGCUCGGAUACAAGCUGGUUGGGCAAGCCUUGAACGGCAGCGUCUACGGCAAGGUUCUUCGUGGGAUUAACUAUCUGGAAGACUAUGACCCUGCGCUGUGCGCCGAACAAUGCAACGCGAUUGGAGAUUGCAGUUCAUUCAAUAUUUACUACGAGCGAGACCCAGUCGUCGACCCCAGUUACGACAAAGGGUGCCCGAAUCCUCCGUCUACCACCACCAUCAAGUGUGUUCUAUGGGGCCAAUCAAUUAACACGCAAGUCUCGCUGAACCGGGGAGAAGAGAGAUGCGACUUCAAGGUCCUCAUCGCCGGUUCCAAUUAUUAUCUCAAGGAGGCCGCGCGCCAGAACCUCAGCGACUUUGGCUUCUUCGGCCCCCGUGGCGAUGCCAAAGCAGGGUCUACUUUCCCUUACACAGAGAUGCUUGAGCCUGCAGACGGCUACCUGACCUUUCUCGAACCGGUCUACCGCGAGAUCUAUAACCCAAAUGGGACCGGCCCCAGCUACGACCCUGCCGUCUGCGCCGAGCAAUGCAAUGCUGUCACCGAGUACAACAGCAUAAACAGGGUCAACGAGCCUCCCUACAUCAACGGCGCUUACCCGAAAUGCAACAUGUUUACCAUCUUUGAGACUUCCCUGAUCACUGACAACGACCCGUUGUAUUUUCUGUGCUUCUUCUACAGCGCGAGUUGGGACAGCCUGUACUCGACUAAGAUGAGUGGAGUAGACCCAGAAGGCAGACACCUGCACGCGGCAAUGGUCAGAGUGUACCAACGACUGGAUUACACAGACCCGCCGUUGUGUGCUCUGAAGGAAUGCGAGGGUGCCCAGUAUUAUCGAGGCGGAAAUUGUUCGGGAUGGGGUCCAGACUACUGCACACACCGAAGUGGCCACAUGCUGGAAUAA